AUGAAGGACCUCACUCUUCCUCGAAAGGAAUUAAUUGGAGCCAAAUUGUUGGCAGAGUUGAUGAGCCGCGUGAUCGGCAUCAUACCACAACACAUUAACAAGGUUCACUACUGGUGCGACUCGCAAGUAGUGUUGUCUUGGAUACACGCAAACGAUCAACACGCCGAGGUGUAUGUUCGAAAUCGUGUGAAAAUCAUUCAACAAUUAACAAACAAGAUGAGCUGGAGGUACAUCCCCACCGACCAGAACCCAGCGGAUGUGAUCUCCAGAGGAAUCUCAGUGAGGAAACUGUUGACCACCAAGAAGCAGCUGUGGCUGCAUGCCACCCCGUAUGCACUAGAGGUACAUCCAGAAAUUCAAGUAUGCGCAAUUCAGCAAGCGCCGACCAUCGACCACACUCUGCAUGAUCCUGACCCAGAAGAUUAUAUCCAGAGUUACAAGUACUGCAAUUCUUUCCGAAGGACCAGAAGGCAUUUCGCCUUAAUACAGCGCGCCAUAAGCAAUUUUAAGGCAAAAGCUACAAGUUCUAUUAAUUCUGAACAACUCCUACAAACCAUGACCGGCCCUCUAACUGUUGAAGAGCUGGAAGCAGGACUACAUCUAGUCAUCAAAAAUAUGCAAUCCGUCUGCCUAGGACAAGAGCUGAAGAGCAUCGGUUUACACGGCAUUCCUACAAAGCAGGGCCCCCUGCAGCACCUCAAUCCUAUGCUGGCAGGUGGCCUCAUUCGAGUAACAGGCAGGUUAAACUUAGCAGACUUGCCUGAAGAACAGCGACAUCCAAUAUUCAUUCCGAGGGAGCAUCCGUUUGCACGAAUCAUCCUUGUGCAUCUACAUCGCUCCAAUAACCACGCCGGUCUGGAAAUAGUCUUGGCCGAAUUUCAACGAAGCUAUUGGAUGAAGGGAUUGCGGAAAACAACCCAAUCCGUCCUUCAAAAAUGCGUACUCUGCGUACGGGCAAGGCCUCGCAGAUUCGAGCAAAUGAUGGGCCAGCUUCCACGGCCCAGAGUGAAUCCCUCUACAGCGUUCACUCAUACUGGCGUAGACUUGUGCGGGCCGUUCCAAGUGCUGCCAAGUCAGCGGGCGAAAAUGAGGCUUACCGUUUACGCCUGCCUGUUUGUGUGCUUUUCGACCAAAGCAGUGCAUAUCGAGGUGGUGGAGGAUCAAUCCACCGGGGCCUUCUUAGCCGCCUUGAUACGGUUUGUAUCAGUGCGUGGUACACCGGAGGUGAUAUACUCCGACAACGGCCGCAACUUCGUCGGAGCCAGCCGCGAACUUGCAGAACUGAGCAAAGUAUAUAACUCGGAGUUGUUCCAAAACGAACUCAUAGGGAUAGCAGCUGAGGAAGGAAUACGCUUUUCCUUCAUCCCUCCGAGAAGCCCUAAUUUCGGAGGUCUGUGGGAGGCCAACAUAAAAGUGGCCAAAAGACUCUUCACCGCAGCCGCUCGUGGAUCCAGCUUUAAUAUAUUGGAGAUUCAGACGGUGUUCUACCAAGUAUCAGCGAUAAUGAAUUCACGUCCGCUGACCUCAAUUUUCUCCGACGCCGGAGCUCCGGAACCUGGUGCACUUCCUAAUAGGAAGAGCCAUAACUACUAUACCCAUCCCGGCAAGCCACUUAGAACAGCAAAACUUAGUUAUGCGCUGGAAGCGCAUUCAACGCCAAACCGCACAAUUCUGGCGUAG